GGGAAACAUCGAUAUAACAAGGCCGCAGAGGCUCAUCACGGCACUGGCAGACCCGUCAUACUCCGGUGGCAUAGUUAAAAUUUCGAAACUGCGAUCGCCUGACCGCGCGCCCAGAUCUCCGGCGCGUUGCGCCAUCGCCGUCUGCAUUGGCUGAAGCCUGCAAACAGCUUCCUCGUCUCCACAUUUAGCACCUAGACGGCAAAGUCACGCCAACAACACCAGCUGCAUCCAUACACAGACAACUUGACAGUUGGGAUCCGGCGCCGUCACGACGAUACCCUAGCAUUCUGGGAGCACCUCCGCCGCUGACCGAUCCUUCAUCGAUUUUCCGAACAGGUUACGACACGGGGGAUGCGGGCGCCGUCGAUGAGCUGAGCGGGACGUGGUCUCCACCAUGGACUCCCCAACCAGCGCAGCGGGUUCAACCGAAGAGCGGACGAUUCGAGUCGUUGCGCAGCAUGUCAGAGAGAGAGCCCAGAAAUGCCAGACUGCCUACCCCCUCAAACGGCCCCUGAGUCUCUUGGAACUCCCCGUCGACAUUCUGCAACUUAUUGUCAGGGAGAUCACCCAUACGAACGACCUCACAGCGCUUGCUCUGGUCAACUCGGCCCUCUACAACCUCGCCAUUCCACAUAUCUACUCGCGCUUCGACAUAGUGUGGCCCGAUGGGCCGAUCGGGACCACUGAGUCCAAGAGCGUCGACGCCCUAACCUACGGACUCUCGACGCUCUGUCUUGGAAGUACAUUCGCGCGCACCCUGAGCAACAAUUUCCAUCCGAACACCCCACGACUGUCCAAGCUCGUGGACAAUGACUAUGCCAAGUACACCAGGAAGUUCUCCCUGGGCAAUGGCCCAAGCAAUUGGGUUGCCGACUACGCAGUGUAUAAGGAAAGCGGCAAGAUGCUCGGUACCCUUGUGGCUAGCGCCAUCACCAGGAUGAAGAAUCUCGAGACAUUUGUUUGGGAUAUGCCCACGGGCGUGCUCUCCCGCGUCUUCGAAGCCCUCGCCUCGUUGGCCCAUCAGCCGGACAGCGGGUGUAAUCUAAGCCGCGUAUGGGUGCGCUGGCACGACAGUUCCCAACACCCUGGCGAGUCAGGGGUUUUGAAUCCCAACGAUACUGUGAACGGAACCGCACUCGUUCCUCAAGGGAGCCAGCUCACCCCCGUUGGCAUAAUGCUGCCGCCAAACGCGUCGCACCCGCCUCCUCGACGACCGGUUCGGUACUCGGAAUACCACUGUGAGUAUCCCACCUUCAGCGUCCUGCCGCCGCUCAAGAGUCUGGCCGUGUUGGACAUUGACGAGAUUGGUUAUCUGGACGAAAUGGCGGUGCUUAUCGAGCGCUCCAAGCAUACACUCCAGGAGCUUAGAGUGGGCAUCUCGGCCAAAGCUGCGAACCAGGCCUUCGCGCAAACUUGGGAUGGGUCGGAUCUGCUGCAGAUAGACCACCAGGCACGGUGGCCGGGGGAAAGCACCAUCGGAGACAGGCGACUGGGCGGUGUCCUGGGCGUAUUGGUGGGCAAGAUCUACGACAUCCGGAAGCGCAGACCUCAGGACCAAUUCGCCAUUCCUGCUCUGGCUGACGAAAGCAGUCUGCCAAUGGUUUCACAGGCCCCGAUCGCUUUACAGGAUCCAGUGAACGAGUCGUCAGAGUCGCAACAGCCCGAUGGUAUUGACGCACCCUUGCAACCGGAUACGUCAGCAGAAGCCCGAGGCAUGUUCAAGGGCCUUGAGUCUACCAAGGCCAGCGCCGUGGAUAGGAAGAGACGGGAAGGCAAGCUCAGGCUACACACACUGGAGCUCGAACGUGUCGUGUUGUCCCUGCAAGUGUGCAGAUAUGCCAUUGACUGGUCCGUCCUGACAAAUUUGACGCUCCUUGACUGCGCUCAGCACGACAACCUAUGGAAAAUGCUGCGCAAACACUUCCAGCCAACGCCGGUGAGCGCGGCUUUGGGCACCGGCAGCAAACCGGCACCCGUCAAUGCUCCUUUGCAGUACCACUUGACCCUCAAAGCGAUCCACACCGACACAACAACAAUGUCCCUGAUCAAUCUCAUCAAAGAGACCCUCGCUCCAAACACGCUCGAGGUCUUGUUUCUGCAGGACCGCAAGCGCAGCACCGGCCCCCGCCCAUCCCUAGACAUCAUCUUCAAGUUCGCCAUCAGGCGGCACGCUGCCAGCCUGCGCAAGCUGCUCCUCGACAGCUCUGCCAAGCCGACCGGCGACACCAUCCGCUGGCGCCAAUGGGCCCUCACCACGGAAGUUCUGUUGUAUGUCACGAGCGGCCGCAUGAAGAACCUGCGUGAGCUGGCUGUUUCGAUGCAGUAUAAGGAUUGGCACACGUUCCUUCAGCGGCUCCCCAAUUUUCCGCAACUGCGCUCCCUCCAUAUCCCCUACCUCGCCGACCACCCGGCCGGCGGCAGCUGCGACCCCCGCGACCUGGCGCUGUCGAUUGUCGACAUUGUGGCGCUGCGGCCCGAGAUUAGGCUGUGCUAUGUCGGGAUCGGGGCGAAGUGCUUUGAGAUUCUGGAGUCCAGGGAGGACAUGACGAAGGUUGGGAGUGCUAUGAAGGGUGAGGUUGGCGGUGAUGCUGCGGGUGGAAGUGGAAUGAGUAUGCCUGCUGCGCCCGCUGUUGGUGUGUUAAAUGGGGUUGGUGGUGGUGGUGUUGAGGCUGGGUUGGAUGGGGCUGAGCCGGAGUAUGACGUUGAUUCUGAUUCUUCUUCUGAAGCCGAGUCUGGUGAGGAAGGGGAGGAAGAGGGCGCCCAGAACGCUGGGGGCGGGGAUGAGCUUGACGCGGAGGAGGCGGGCUCAGAGGAAGGUGGUGUGAAUGGGAACGAGACAUGGGAUAACACCCCUACAACAGCCACGUCGGAUUCGGAUGAGACGCAGAGUGAGGAUGAGGAUGGAGACGGGGACGUUGAGGAUGAUGCUGCAGGUGCUGGCGUGACUGCGGCUGGGAGUGGGGCCGCAGUCGGGGGAGGGGUCAAUACUGGUGCGGAGGGGGAGGACGAGGACGACGGUGACGGGUUUGUUGAGCUGGGAUGCGGGAGGGUCAAGAUGAAUCUGAGGGAGAUCUUGUUCUAUGAUGACAAGGUGGCCAUUUUCAAGGCGAGACAUGGAAAGUUGUGAGCUUGAGGGACUAGGAUUGGGUUCAUGGAUUGGUUUGGCUCAUUGGGAUGGUUC